AUGGCUUCCAACAAGGAUAGCGAGAUGGCGGAGAAAAAGCGCACCAAGGUCGGCUGUUUUUCUUUCCUGCGAUCGCUGCUGCGACUAUUCAGAAAGAAGAAGAAUACCAAGAAAGCUACCGCUGAAGAAGAGACAGCAACUAUGCCUGUGCCCGAGACUGCAGCCGAGGAACGCUGCGAGGCGAACGUGAACACUGAGGACCUGGCGACGCACAGUCACCAGGAGCCCAUGAUGCCCCCACCGGGCGAGGCCCUCGACCUGUCUGAGUUCCUAGAGGAAGACUUCGAGUCUUCCGAGGAGGCUUCUUGUCCCGCACUGCGCCACCCCCUGACUCGCCUCUCACUCGCGGAGGACAAGUCUGGCCACGCGCUUCAGCAGGCCACGGCCUCGCCGAGGACGUGGGCCACCGUGGUGAAGGAAGCAAGGCCCGCGGGUUUGACAUGGGCCGUCGGGUUUGACAUGCCAGUGCCUCUGAGGUAUGAAGAGGUGGUCUGCCCAGACGAGGAAGAGCAAAGUGAAAAUGAGUCUGCUAAAGAGGAUGUGCAGAACGAAGAGAAGCCUGGAAGAGAGAGCGCUCUUGAGGAAGAAUGGGAGAUUGUGAAGGGAAAGAGACAUUGCAGGGCGACUGCCUCCAGCGACUGUACCUCCUCUAAGGCCAGGAGACGCCAGAGGGAGCAGCAGGUGCUGGAAGCGAUAAGGAUGAACAAGGAUCUGUUCUGGAAAGGCUGUGAUGACGAGCACUCUUGCCCUGAGCCUCGGCGGAAGAAGACCAAGUCGGGAAAGAAGGGAAAGGAGGCAGAGAAGGAGGCCCCAUCACCAGAGAAGCAGCCUGAGCCUCAACAGGUGAAGGGAAAGAGGAAGCACCGCAAGAGACGAGCCGAACAGCACCGCCAGGCUCAGGAGCGGCAGUGUGAGUCUGAGCAGCAGUGUAGAGGCACAAGAAAGGAGCGAAAAGAGACCAGGAGGAAGGACCGCGAGGCUGAGAAGGGCCGCGAGGCAGAGCAGCAGGGGCGGUGCCACCGGCAUUGUGAAUCUGAGCAGCAGUGUCUGGCUAGCACCAGGAAGGAGCGGCGAGAGGCCCGGAGAAAGCGCUGUGAGGCAGACGCGGCGGGGGCGUGUGUGACAGGCAGGCCUUGA